AUGCAACAGAUGCCCGGGGGCAUCAUGGAAUGUCCGCCCGUGUUCAAAGUUGUGCCAGCAUUGAAUCCAUUGCUUUUGGCUCGGACAGCUUGUCAGACCAAAUGGAGUGAUGGUCCAAAUAAACACAAAUGCAGUGGGUCUGAGCGUAAUUAUGUUGGUGAAUUUUGUUUAGAAACAGUUAAGAUUCCAAAUGAGCACUUGGAAGGAUUUUCACUAUGGAGUCGAACUGAUAAAGAACCAGUCAAAAUAUUCCAUCAGCCUGGAGAAGGAGUUAAUAAUACAGAUUAUCUACUCUACGUCUCGGUGAAAGACUCCAAAAACUGUUGGUUAAAAGACAAACACGUAAUUGCAUUUGCAGGCUACUGCCAAACUGACCAGCAUGGCCGGCCAAUCUCUGGUGUCAUCAACUUCUGCCCAAACCAGCUGGAUGUUGGCAGGGAUAGCAUGUUCAUGGUGGCUAUCCAUGAACUUCUUCAUGCCAUGGGUUUCUCGAAACGAUUGCUAAAAAAGUUUGAAACCUGUAGACCAACUGUUGAGGACAGUGAACUUCCUUGUGUUUUUAUAACUGAUACAACCAUUAAAAGCAGUCCUCAGAAAUUGAUUCUGCCUUCAGUUGUAAAAAAAGCCCGGCAACAUUUUGGUUGUAACAGCAGCAUCAACUAUGGGGUACUGAUGGAAACCAAGGAUGGGGAGAUACAGUCUCACUGGGACCCUCGGAUGAUGGAGAGUUCUAUUAUGGUUCCUACUGUUGGUUUGCCACACCAAACCGUUGUGGAUCCAAUUACGUUAGCUGUGUUCGAGGAUAGUGGUUGGUACAGAGUGAACUAUUCAGCCUCUGAUAAAUUCUUAUGGGGCAAAGGUGAGGGUUGUUCCUUUGGCCAACUCGAUAUGUGUAUUAAUGACACCAAAUACUUCUGUUCAGGAAGUACAUAUUAUUCUAUCUAUCCCUGUCUUCUUAUAUCUAUCUAUCUAUCUAUCUAUCUAUCUAUCUAUCUAUCUAUCCCUGUCUUUUUAUAUCUAUCUAUCCCUGUCUUUUUAUAUCUAUCUAUCUAUCUAUCUAUCUAUCUAUCUAUCUAUCCUUGUCUUUUUUUAUAUCUAUCUAUUUAUCCAUGUCUGUUUAUAUCUAUCUUUCCCUGUCUGUCUGUUUAUAUCUAUCUAUCUAUCUAUCUAUCUAUCUAUCUAUGUCUGUCUGUUUAUAUCUAUGUCUGUUUGUUUAUAUCUAUCUAUCUAUCUAUCUAUCUAUCUAUCUAUCUAUCUAUCUAUGUCUGUCUGUCUUUCUCUCACUUCUUCCUUUCUCUUAACCUAUCCCUCUUUCUUUCUUUUCAAUUUAUUAUUCUUCAGGAAGGAUGCCAUUUUUUGCAUCGUGACAAAGCUACUUGUCAAAGUGGAAUCUUUCUGGAACCUUGUGGAAUAUUUCAGAGUAAAGCAGAAAACCGCUGUUCAAUACCAGUGAAGAAUUCUCCUAAACACGGAGGAGAACUGUUCUCACACAGGAGCAGGUGUUUUAUGGCUAAUAUCACCAAAGAUGCAUCUGCCUCCUAUGAAACCCAAGGAAUGUGUUAUGAAUUUCGUUGCCGUGGGAAACGUAUCUAUGACAUUAGAGUCAAAUCUUCUCGAUGGAUAUCUUGUCCUAUGGGCAAAAGCAUUUCAAUUCCUGGUUAUAAUGGUGUUGUACACUGUCCAAAAAUACUAGGUCUUUUGUGUACAAAAUCUAACCGAGAAUCAAGUACAAAGCAGCCAGCUAGUUCACAAGACAUGUAUAGUAUGUCCACAGCAAUGGUAUAUCCACUACCUUUUUUAAUAAACAUAGUAUUUGGAGAUCUGGACUAUCAUUACUUACGUAAAAAUAGUCAAAUGGACAACUUCCGCAGGAUCAUAAUAAACAGAGUGCUGGAACUUCAGCCACUUGAUCGCCGGAGAUUGACGAGUUUCCGAAUCCGACGUGGAACAAUUGUGAGCUUCCAGCUUUUACCUCCAGGUCCUUCAAGAAGUGGUCCUGAUGGCAAGCGAGUUUAUUCUUUGCUUCAUGAAUCUGUUUUUGCUGGAAACUUCUCUAUCGUUAUGCCAGACACAGGCAGAAAACAUACAGCUACCUACAUCAGUAACACACCAAUGUUUGAAGACAGUCUUCCAACUCCUCACGGUGAAGAUGGUCUCUCUAUGGGUGAGAUUGUUUUCCUUUUUCUUUCUUUGAUUUCGUGUUUUAUUCUUUCUUGUCUUCAUAUUUAUUCUUUUUCUUUCUUUCUCUUCUUGUUUAUUUUCUUCCUUUUCUUUCUCUCCCUGUUUAUUCUUUUCUUCUUUUUUUUUCUCUCCCUGUUUAUUCUUUUCUUCUUUUUCUUUCUCUUCCUGUUUAUUCUUUUCUUCUUUUUCUUUCUCUUUAUGUCUAUUCUUUUCUUUCUUUCUCUUUAUGUUCUUUCUUUUUUCUUUCUUUACUUUCUUUCUUUCCACUUUUAA